AUGAUCCAUAUUGUGCAGUUAAACGGCAGUGAAGUUGCCGUUGGUGCUGUCGCAGAGCUAGUAGAGACAAUAGGCAAAGGAUACGAGAAGCACACCCUUGGUGCCGAGUACCUUGUGUGCAUCAUUCAUCACGGGGUGGGUCUGGCCCGGGCUCACUUUGAGAAGCAGCCGCCUUCUAUUCUGCGGAAAUCCAACUUCUUCCCCUUCUUCCUGGCCCUCUACGACAGACAGGGCCAGCCCGUGGAGAUUGAGAGGACUGCCUUUGUGGGGUUCGUGGAGAAGGAAAAAGAAGCCAACAGCGAAAAGACCAAUAAUGGGAUCCACUACCGGCUCCAACUCCUCUACAGCAAUGGGAUAAGGACUGAACAGGAUUUCUAUGUGCGCCUCAUCGACUCCAUGACAAAACAAGCCAUAGUGUAUGAAGGCCAAGACAAGAACCCUGAAAUGUGCCGAGUGUUGCUCACACACGAGAUCAUGUGCAGUCGCUGUUGUGACAAGAAAAGCUGUGGCAACCGAAAUGAGACUCCCUCAGAUCCAGUGAUAAUUGACAGAUUCUUCCUGAAGUUUUUCCUUAAAUGCAACCAAAAUUGCCUAAAGAAUGCAGGAAACCCACGUGACAUGCGGAGAUUCCAGGUCGUGGUGUCUACCACAGUCAACGUGGAUGGCCAUGUCCGGGCAGUCUCUGAUAACAUGUUUGUCCACAAUAAUUCCAAGCAUGGGCGGAGGGCUAGGAGGCUUGACCCCUCGGAAGCUACUCCCUGUAUCAAAGCCAUCAGCCCGAGUGAAGGAUGGACGACGGGAGGCGCGACUGUGAUCAUCAUAGGGGACAAUUUCUUUGAUGGGUUACAGGUCAUAUUCGGUACCAUGCUGGUCUGGAGUGAGUUGAUAACUCCCCAUGCCAUCCGAGUGCAGACACCUCCUCGGCACAUCCCUGGUGUUGUGGAAGUCACAUUGUCCUACAAGUCCAAGCAAUUCUGCAAAGGGACUCCAGGCAGAUUCAUCUAUACAGCGCUCAAUGAACCCACCAUCGACUAUGGUUUCCAGAGGUUACAGAAGGUCAUUCCCCGGCAUCCUGGUGACCCAGAGCGCUUGCCAAAGGAAGUGAUCCUUAAAAGGGCUGCAGAUCUUGUUGAAGCCCUGUAUGGGAUGCCUCACAACAACCAAGAGAUUAUCUUGAAAAUAGCUGCAGACAUUGCAGAGGCUCUAUACAGUGUUCCUCGAAACCACAACCAGCUUCCAGCUCUUGCUAAUACUUCGGUCCAUGCAGGGAUGAUGGGCGUGAACUCCUUCAGUGGACAACUGGCUGUGAAUGUCUCUGAGGCAUCACAAGCCACCAAUCAAGGUUUCACCCGCAACUCAAGCAGCGUGUCACCACAUGGGUAUGUGCCGAGCACCACCCCACAGCAGACCAACUAUAACUCUGUCACCACAAGCAUGAAUGGCUACGGCUCUGCCGCCAUGUCCAAUUUGGGCGGCUCCCCAACCUUCCUCAAUGGCUCAGCUGCCAACUCACCCUAUGCCAUCGUACCAUCCAGCCCCACCAUGGCCUCCUCUACAAGCCUCCCCUCCAACUGCAGCAGCUCGUCGGGCAUCUUCUCCUUCUCACCAGCCAACAUGGUCUCUGCCGUGAAACAAAAGAGUGCAUUUGCACCAGUUGUCAGACCCCAGACCUCCCCGCCUCCCACCUGCACCAGCACCAACGGGAACAGCCUGCAAGCGAUAUCUGGCAUGAUUGUUCCUCCCAUGUGAAAGAAUUGCCUUGAAGAAUUUUAUUAAUGAAGAGGUUGGAUUCUGCUACGAAAGUAAUCUGAUAUGAGUCCCAGAGUGGAACUUUUAACUCAGGCCUUUUUAAGAGGAAUCACACAAUAACUGCAGAUUUUUAAACAAAAUCACCGACCUUGCAAAUAUUGAAAUUGGAAAGGGGUCUGCCAGAGCAGGGUGUUGGUUAAACUCGUACCCCCAAGUAUCUGGGGGAUAUAUUUAUUCUGUAUUGAUAAAAGCAAACCCACAGUUCCUUUUCUUUUUCUUUUUUUUAAGCUUAACUCUGCAAUCAUUUGUCUUUUAUAAAUCAUAAAGCUACACAUAAGGGCCACUAUAAAUAAGACCCCAUGUUUUAAUUUAUGAUGUUUUUAAAGCUGUGUGAGGGGAGAAUGAAGUGGUGAUAUUUACAAAAAAGCUAAAAGAAAAAAAAAACAAAAGAAAACAGGGAAAAAAUUAAAAAAAAAAAAAAGCUUGUAUG